AAAGGGAAGAGCUCAGGGUUGGACAUUUUUGGAGCUGGGGUGCGGAGGAGAAAGGGAGCGCGCCUCCUCGAUUUUCCCCUCCCCACCCCUCUUUGCUUUUCUCUCCCCUUCGUUGUAUAGCAUUUUCCAGAAGCGGCAGCGGAAGGGGACAGAAACCUCUAGUCUAGAAAGAUUUGGAAGGGUGGCCAGGGCUCCCGCCAGCCACUACCUAGCAGCUGGAGCUGGAGUGUGUGUGUGUGCAUGUGAGAGUGCGGAUGCGGGUCUCUCUGUCUCUCUCCGUGUCUCCUCUCUCUCCUCCUCACACUCUCGCAUCAGCCACCUCUGUCAGUUCCCCGUGUCAGUUUCUUCCCCUGCUCUUAUUGUGUGUCAGGCUGCGGGAAGGAGUGUGUGCCUUUGAAGCGGCCCACGUUGGGUCAGAUAGCCGGGAGAAGCAAGCGAGGACAAGGCAGGGGCGCGGGUAGAGCAGAGAGUUUCGGGGUGCUGACGAAGGCGAAAGGUGAGCAGAGCCGGCCGGCCACAGGGAAGUUUGGGAAUGACUGAGAAGCAAAGGGAGAAAUCACGGUAGGAGCCGGCACUUGCGCUUCUUGCCACGCCCCGCCCCUUUCCCGGUGCCCAUCCGCCCACCGGCCAGGCAGCCUUGAGGCCCCGGCUGGGCUGUCCCAGGCGGUUGCUGUUGGCGCGCCGCGGAAGAACCGGUAAGGCGGCAGCACCGAGCUCCUUGGCUCUCGGACGCCAGACGACGCACAUCCGAACAAAUCGCUUGGCCUGGGGGCUGCUGCCUUCAGGUGCAUUUUAAAAAAGGAGCAAGCAUCAAUCCCUGAGAUGUCUAUAGUUCUCAAAAGCCAAAAAUGAGCAUGAAGACGUGCUAAUAUCAAGCAGAGACAGUACUGCACAGGUGAGGAAGGAGGAAGACAUGCCAAUGAAUAAGAGUUCUUCAGCCCAUAAAAGAAAAGGAAACAGACACAAAGAAGAGGAAAUGUGACUUGUUCAAGUUCAUACUUCAAAUUAGUGGAAGAGCUGCGAUUAGAAUCCAGGUCUCCUAAUUCCCAGGACACUACUCUUUAAACGGCACCAUUUUACGCAUAUAGGUUUCUAAAUUGCUAUGAACCAUGGCCCAGCUGUACUACAAAAGGGUCAACUACUCACCCUACAGAGACCGAAUCCCCCUGCAAAUUGUGAGGGCUGAGACGGAGCUCUCUGCAGAGGAGAAGGCCUUCCUCAGUGCCGUGGAGAAGGGGGACUACGCCACUGUGAAGCAGGCCCUCCAGGAGGCCGAGAUCUACUACAAUGUCAACAUCAACUGCAUGGACCCACUGGGCCGGAGCGCCCUGCUCAUUGCCAUUGAGAAUGAGAACCUGGAGAUCAUGGAGCUACUGCUGAACCACAGCGUGUACGUCGGUGACGCAUUGCUCUACGCCAUCCGCAAGGAAGUGGUGGGCGCUGUGGAGCUUCUGCUCAGCUACAGGCGGCCCAGUGGAGAGAAGCAGGUCCCCACUCUGAUGAUGGACACCCAGUUCUCUGAGUUCACACCGGACAUAACUCCCAUCAUGCUUGCUGCCCACACCAACAACUACGAAAUCAUCAAAUUGCUCGUCCAAAAACGGGUCACUAUCCCCCGGCCCCACCAGAUCCGCUGCAACUGUGUGGAGUGUGUGUCCAGUUCAGAGGUAGACAGCCUGCGCCACUCCCGCUCCCGGUUGAACAUCUAUAAAGCGCUGGCAAGCCCCUCACUCAUCGCCUUAUCAAGCGAGGACCCCAUCCUAACUGCCUUCCGCCUGGGCUGGGAGCUCAAGGAGCUCAGCAAGAUGGAGAAUGAGUUCAAGGCUGAGUAUGAGGAGCUCUCCCAGCAGUGCAAGCUCUUUGCCAAAGACCUGCUGGACCAGGCUCGGAGCUCCCGGGAACUGGAGAUCAUCCUCAACCAUCGAGAUGACCACAGUGAAGAGCUUGACCCUCAAAAGUACCAUGACCUAGCCAAGCUGAAGGUGGCCAUCAAAUACCAUCAGAAAGAGUUUGUGGCCCAGCCCAACUGCCAACAGUUGCUUGCCACUCUGUGGUACGAUGGCUUCCCUGGAUGGCGGCGGAAACACUGGGUAGUCAAGCUUCUGACGUGCAUGACCAUUGGGUUCCUGUUUCCCAUGCUGUCUAUUGCUUAUCUGAUCUCACCCAGGAGCAACCUUGGGCUGUUCAUCAAGAAACCCUUUAUCAAGUUUAUCUGCCACACAGCCUCAUAUCUGACCUUCCUCUUCAUGCUUCUCCUGGCUUCUCAGCACAUCAUCAGGACGGACCUCCAUGUGCAGGGGCCUCCCCCGACUGUAGUGGAAUGGAUGAUAUUGCCUUGGGUUCUCGGUUUCAUUUGGGGGGAGAUUAAGGAGAUGUGGGACGGUGGAUUUACUGAAUACAUCCAUGAUUGGUGGAACCUGAUGGAUUUUGCAAUGAACUCACUCUACCUGGCAACUAUUUCCCUGAAGAUCGUGGCCUAUGUCAAGUAUAAUGGUUCUCGUCCAAGGGAAGAAUGGGAAAUGUGGCACCCAACUCUGAUUGCAGAAGCUCUCUUUGCGAUAUCCAACAUUUUAAGUUCGUUGCGUCUCAUAUCCCUCUUCACAGCCAACUCCCACUUAGGGCCUCUGCAGAUCUCUUUGGGGCGCAUGUUGCUUGAUAUCCUCAAAUUCCUCUUUAUCUACUGCCUGGUACUGCUGGCUUUUGCCAAUGGAUUGAACCAGCUUUACUUUUAUUAUGAGACCAGAGCAAUCGAUGAGCCCAACAACUGCAAGGGGAUCCGAUGCGAGAAACAGAACAAUGCCUUCUCCACGCUCUUUGAAACCCUUCAGUCACUCUUCUGGUCUGUAUUCGGCCUUUUGAAUCUCUAUGUUACCAAUGUAAAAGCCAGACACGAGUUCACAGAGUUUGUGGGAGCGACCAUGUUUGGGACGUACAAUGUCAUCUCCCUGGUAGUGCUGCUGAACAUGCUGAUCGCCAUGAUGAACAACUCCUACCAGCUUAUUGCCGAUCAUGCCGAUAUUGAGUGGAAGUUUGCAAGGACGAAGCUCUGGAUGAGUUACUUCGAUGAAGGCGGCACCUUGCCACCUCCUUUCAACAUCAUCCCCAGCCCCAAGUCAUUUCUAUACCUUGGUAACUGGUUCAACAACACCUUCUGCCCCCAAAGAGACCCUGAUGGUAGACGGAGAAGGCACAACUUGAGAAGCUUCACAGAACGCCAUGCUGACAGCCUGAUACAGAAUCAACAUUACCAGGAAGUUAUCAGGAAUUUAGUCAAAAGAUAUGUGGCAGCUAUGAUAAGAAAUUCCAAAACAAAUGAGGGACUCACAGAAGAAAAUUUUAAGGAAUUAAAGCAGGACAUUUCCAGCUUUCGAUAUGAAGUGCUUGACCUCUUAGGAAAUAGGAAGCACCAAAGGAGAAGUUUUUCCACUAGCAGCACUGAACUCUCUCAGAGAGAUGAUACCAAUGAUGGCAGUGGCGGGGCUCGGGCCAAAUCCAAGAGUGUCUCUUUCAAUUUAGGCUGCAAGAAAAAAGCCUGCCAUGGGCCACCUCUCAUCAGGACCAUGCCAAGAGUUGGUGGUGCCCAAGGGAAGUCAAAAGCUGAGUCAUCAAGCAAACGCUCCUUCAUGGGUCCCUCUCUCAAGAAACUGGGUCUCCUAUUCUCCAAGUUUAAUGGUCAUAUGUCUGAACCCAGUUCAGAGCCGAUGUACACAAUUUCUGAUGGAAUCGUUCAGCCGCACUAUAUGUGGCAGGACAUCAAAUAUUCUCAGAUGGAGAAAGGGAAAGCAGAGUCCUGUUCUCAAAGUGAAAUUAACCUCAGUGAGGUAGAAUUAGGUGAAGCCCGGGGCGCUGCUCAGAGCAGUGAAUGCCCUCUAGCCUGUUCCAGCUCUCUUCACUGCGCAUCCAGCAUCUGCUCCUCAAAUUCUAAACUUUUAGACUCCUCAGAGGAUGUAUUUGAAACUUGGGGAGAGGCUUGUGACCUGCUCAUGCACAAAUGGGGUGACGGACAGGAAGAACAAGUUACAACUCGGCUCUAAGUCAAGCCAGUAUCACCUGUUCUGGAACUCAGAAAAUUUCUAAUUUCUUUGCUCUCAGAGGUGACAUAGAAUAUGAUUCCCUCACUGCCCCCCACUAGACAGGAGAGUGAAACUCCUCUUGUUUUCACCAUCUUUUAUAGCCACAUUCUUCAUUUUUUGUUCUUGUUAUUAUUAUUACUAUUAUUUGCUUUUUUAUACCUACAAACACUAAGUCCAUUUCAAAACCAACUGAAGGGGUGUUUGCCCCUAAUCAGCAGAGGUGCAGUCGGGUGCUUAACCCUUUGGCUUUGCUUUUCUUACCCUUGCUUCCUUGAAGCUCCAGGUGCCACUUUGCUACUGUUGCUGCCGCACAGAUUCCUGACCUUCCUCAGGAUCUCACACCAUUUCCCCACAGGGCUGAGGGCUGUGCUCAGCAGUCCCCACCAGCUAUCAGAUAAGGCAAACUAACUUGCCUGUCUUUGUUGCCCUUCAGUGCUCCAUGCUGCCCAUUCUGGUUCAAUGAACAGCAUCAAAGGGAAACUGAAUAGACUCCAAAGAACUGUCAGCUUGUGGUUUCUAGGUAUAACUGGACUUCGUGUUGUUUUUGCUUUUAAAUACUACAACUUCUCCUUAUCAUGGGGGCUGUUGAAUUUGUUUCUUAAAGAUUUGUGAGUUUCCUAAUGUAUGCCAAUGAAUAUUUACCCCAUAGUAUAUGUCAUAUCUAAUAAGUUAGUGAAUUCCUUUCCUGUGUUUGUGUGUUUCAGUUAGCUUACUACAUUUUAAAAUUUGAUAGUAUCGAGAUUAGUAUUUAGGAUAUGUACUGUUUUUUAAAAACUUCUACUGUACUCUAAUCAACAGUCACUACAUCUCAUACAUUGGCAAGAAAAAAUAAUUAGCUGGUAUAUUUAUAGGGUCCUAUCUACUGUUGAUAGUUUUAAUCAUCACUGCUAUCAAAAGCAUUUCUAAGAUAAAAGCCUGGAUUUGAAAAUAUUUUUUUAACAGAAAAAUGACAUCUUGUUGAGGUGUCAGAAUCUGAAAACAGCACCUUCAUUUUAAUUAAUUGCUUUCUGAUAAAACAACAACAACAAAAAAACCAAUUUUAGGUCUAGAUAACUUGGUUCAAGUUGCAGUUUUAAUGUUCAGUGGGGGAAGUGGAAUUGCGUGUGUAAACUCAUGUUAGAUAUACAACAUAACAACCCUAGUGAAUUCAUGGAACUAUAGACAUGAUCCAAAUUCUACUGUCUUCAAAGAAAAUUGCAUUAUACAUCAAAACAAAUUAUUUUCCACAGCUUAGGAGUACCUCAUCAGAACACAUAGGUAAAUGUUAAAAAAUGAAGCCCAUAAUGCAUAUGGUCACCAUGUUAGAUCCAGUAACCAUCAACUGAUUACCUGCUAAACAAGGGCGGUUCUUCCCAAUGUUAGCACAAAGGUAUCCCCAACUUACACAAUAACACAUGACCUGAAAUAGCCCAAGGUCUGGGUCCUGGUGAUUAAAUUAACGGGUAGCUCAAAAAAGUAAGAAACUUAAUUAGUUGUCACCCUGUUCUUGUAUUCAAUAAAUGUCAACAGUAAUAGGAAACCAUCUAAAUUCACGUGUAUACUUUCUGGCAAAAUUAAGUGAAAUGAAGCUUUCUCAAACAAUGCAAAUAUGCUUCCAAAAUAGUUUUUGACAGUGUAGUUUCUGUUAUUUGAAUUGAUUCCCAUUCUAGCCCUAACUUUGGUGACUAACAAAAUAUUCUACAUGAAAAAGACACAAACUAGGGAUGAUGGGGAAACAAGAGGAGGUGUUGAAGAACAAAGCUCAGAUCCAAGAAAAAGUGAUCAAGAGAACAAGCUGCAUCAGGACCCAUUUGGUAAGACAUUAUCACAAAAUAAUUCCUCGAUCAUGCCUACCGUGAUCAUUUACUCAAAUCCAACUUCUCUCCUGCUUCUCUAAGUGGGACUAUCAUAAGUGGCCCUGACAUCAGUAACAGGUUACUUUCCAGAAGGAAGGUUUCUAAAGUUACAGAGUCAACUUUCUCAACUGUCAAAUUCACUUUGAAUAAUAAAUAGCACCUGGGCUACAUCCCUAAGUCAUACUGAUGGCACCAGAAACCAAUACAUCGCCCUAUUUCAUCAAAAAAAAAAAAAAGUAUGUCUUUCUCACAAAUGCAUGUACUUGUGAUGACCUAGGUUUCAUUGUUCCGGCAGUUACUUUAUCAAUUUGUUGGAAAACAAGGGUAGCCAGAGAUAGAGCCAUGGUCCAAAAUACACUCUUCUCUCAGUUAUGUUCUAAAGAGAGAAUAUGUGUCAAUCAUAAUAGCCAAUCUCUACUACUGAAAGAAACCAGUGUCAUAUUUCAUGGGCAGUACAUUCCUUUUCAGAUCUUCUCAGGGUUACUGUCUUUAUGACUCGGGCUUAAGAUUUCACUAGCUGUGCUGAGGCCUAGCUAUGUUGGGGAUUGAAGCCAGUUAGCUGUUAAAGCUAAUCAGCUAUUGUCCUAACUUCCGUGAUGGUGACACCAACAUUUUUAUUAACUCUAACUCUAGUAGAAAGUAGGAAGGGAAGGAGAUUUGUGUUCACCUCUCUAACCUCUGGAUCAGCUACUAUCAAUAAAGAUAUUUCAAAUCAAA